CAUCACUCAUGGACUACAUACGAAGAGACCCAAAGUCGCACGCCGAAGUCUCCACUGGUGAAAUCUAGGAAAUCGACACGUUACAGGAUAUCUUCCAGCCAAUCCCUGGUCUUAGCGGCGCACAAUGUCUUCCGGUCAACCUCAGGAUAUGGAUAUCAUCCCACGGUCCUACGAUGACCCAGAAUUGACGCAGAGACGACGAGCCGAUCACACCUCCAGUAAUUCAUACGACUCAUACGCAAAGAGAUACUUGAGAAGUAUUGCAACUCCAAGAACCUCUGAUAUCGAUAUCUCCAAUCCAUUGGAUAUCUUCGAUCUGAUCGACCAUAACGUCAAGCGUUACACUCACAAACCGCUGCAGACGCGUGAUUCAAUUCGCGUCCUCGAACUUCUAGCAGGAACGUCCGGCUCAACCUUAUCGUGUCGAAUAUUCGAGAUACGCCGAAUGGAUUCCGAUGUUCAAUUUGAGGCCAUCUCGUACGUUUGGGGCAGCCCCUUUCCCGAAUGCUAUCUUUACGAUGUAGAAAGCAGGACCGCCGUAACUAUCACGGAGAACCUAAGUUUGGCGCUUCAGGCGCUACGCUAUCCAGAUCGGAGCCGGGUCCUCUGGGCGGACGCUGUCUGCAUCAACCAGUCGGAUAACAAUGAAAAAAGUCACCAAGUCGAGAAAAUGGGCUUAGUUUAUGCUGCAGCGAGCAUGGUCAUCGUCUGGCUGGGCAACAAGGAACUUCGCGAAGCUUUCGAGCACGUGAAGUCGCUUGAAGAAUCACCAAAUGACAUUGUCUCGAUUGCGCACCGUGAACCCAUCAGUCUGGUAGACAGCGCCGUCACUGCAAUCCUUAGUAUCGUCGGAACGGAGUGGUUCACCAGAUUAUGGAUCAUACAAGAGUUCGUUCUCGCCAGAGACGUACAAUUUCAUGCUGGAGGUCAACAUAUCGAUUGCAAAACAUUCGAAAGGGCAAUGGCGCUUCGUAAGUCACACUUUUUCCAUCUAGAGACAGACGGUAGCGUGGACAAGAACUUGAGCGACAGAAUCAUUCAGGAUCACGGCCUAGCUGAAAAUCUUAUCGGGAUGCGUACGAAGUGGCACAAUCAAUCAUGUACCUCUUCAUCACAGGCGUCGUUGUACGACUGGUGUUGCUGGGUCAAUCAGCACCCUCCCAAGUUCACCGACAAGCGGGACCUGAUAUACGCCUGCCUCGGACUGGCUAGUACACAAACUAGGAUCGUACCCAACUACAAUCUUAGUCUCACAGGGGUCUUUCUAGCCUUCACGUGGUCAGUGCUCAAGGAUGGAAAUAUGCAGAUACUGCGCGACGCUGUGUUUCUACAACAAUCUAACCAUCGUCCUUCAUUUCUUUUUUACUCAAGCUUCAGGUCUUCUUACCAAAAGACACGCGUCGGAUCCCAGAAUGCAGGCAAAGCACGAGAUGCUCAUGCGGAAGAAGUUAAACCCGCAUCUGUACGUAUUCGUGGGGUAGUUGUAGAUCGUGUUAGCAGAUGUUGGGACCUUCACUCCGUAAUUUCAAGAAGUAUGAUAUAUCGGAGAGGAGUGGAACGCAGCAGGUCUGGCCGAGUUCCAGAACAUCAGUGGGGAAAGACACAGUGGUGGGACACACCUGGCUGUGUCCAUAACAAUCCGUUGGACUCAUGGGAAGAACGCGUUGAAGACAUGCCAUCGGCAUUCGAGAGCAUCGAGGACAACUAUUCACCCUCUCAACAAGUUUGGGCUCAUGAAGACUGUUUCGAAGAUCCGGCUAGCCUUCCCAGGAGUGCUGGCGCUGAUAGCCCAGAUGAGAUUGGGAGCACAAAUUUAGUGGAAGUCUAUCGGGUUAUCCAAGCAGACGCCGGAAAGCUUCUCAACGAAGAAUCCACAAGGGAAGACUUAAACCAGGAAGAGGUUCGAAGCAGAUUCUGGCGAACUAUUACUUCGCACAAGGACAUCACCCCACCAACUGUGCCAAAUGAUUUCGGCCAUGUACCAUUCUGGGAAAAUAUCAACGAGUUUCACUAUCCUCGGUUUUUCACCACCUCCAAAGGUUACAUGGGCAAGGCGCUUAUAGCGGCUCAUGGUGAUGUGGUAGUCAUCUUCGACGGGAGUGACGUGCCAUUCGUGAUAAGAAAGAUGCGCCGCGACGAUAGUGCAUGGUUACCGUUGGUCGAAGAAUGCUACGAUGAGAUAGGGCAGUGGAAGCUGGUCGGAGAAUGUCAUGUAGAUGGUUGGAUGGACGGCAGCUACUACGGUCAUGAAGUGGUGGACGUUGUUGAUCAAGAUUUCGCGAUGGCAGACGGGAAGCCUGACAUUGACUUCUCGCACAGCAAGAAAACACUGCUCAGCAAGUAUUUUGUACUGUGCUGAAUAUAACGAGGAGUUUCGUUCAAGAUAAGAGCUUUGAAGUGCGAGGUAUUGUUCAGGGUCACAUAGACAUCUGUACGAACACAUGCUCUCAUGUAUUCGCAAGGUUAGCAUUGGUGUCUUUCUCGAAGCGAGCCAAUGCAAUUUCUUUGCACAGAGUCU